AUGACGGGGGCGGAGGAUGAGCAGAUUGCGGUUCAGGUCGAGCAGCUGUCCUUCUCGCCGCUACCUGGCGGGCCCGAUGUGCUGAAGCAAGUGACGUUCUCGCUGCCGCGGGGCUCCCGCUGCGCGGUGGUCGGCCCCAACGGCGCCGGGAAGUCGACGCUCCUGGAGCUGCUCUCCGGCGGCAAGAUGGCCCCCGCGGGGGCGCUGAAGGUCUGCGGCGAGGACCCCUUCCGCGGCAGGUCCGGCCGCCAGGUGUCGCUGGUACAGGGCGGCUGGCGGGGAAUCCAAGCAGGCUGCAUGGACUCCUCCCGCGUGCGAGAGAUCGUGGGUGGCCUGGCGGACACCGGAGAGGCGGCUCCGCCGCGCGCCAGGCGGCUCCGCGAAGCGCUCGGCCUGGGCGGGCUCCUGGAGCGCUUCUUCGGCAGCCUGUCCGACGGCGAGCGCCGGAGAGUGGAGUUGGGGCGGAGGCUAGCAGAGCCCAGCGAGGUGGUGCUGCUGGACGAAGCCACCGCCGACCUGGACAUCCUGGCGCGGCGCGCCGUCCUGGACUUCCUGCGUGAGGACGGCGCCACAGUCCUGAACGUGACGCACGUCUUCGACUCCAUGGAUCCGUGGGCCUCCCACGUGCUGCAGCUGCACGCGGGGGCGCUGGUGCGCUGCGAGGCCGCUCCCGCGCCGGGGCAGCCGGGCGGCCUGUUCGCGCACGUGUCCCGCUGGAUCGCAGAGGCGAGGGCCGCGGACCCGGACGCCCCCCUGGGCGCGCCGCCGCCGCCCCCUGCCGCGGUGGCCCCGCCAGCGAACGCGACGAUGCCGGCCGUCGACGCGGAGGGCGUGGCCUUCGCUUACGCCGACUGGUGCCCGACGUCGCUGCGGCUGGAGAGCCUCCGGCUACCGCUCGGCUGCCGCGCCGCGCUGGUGGGCCUCAACGGCGCGGGCAAGUCCAGCCUCCUCGCCGUGCUGGCGGGCCGCCGGCUGGUGCCGAACGGCCAGGUCCGCGUGCUGGGCCACAGGGCCUUCCACGACCACCAGGCGCUGGACCCUAUCGUGGCCCUCCUGAGCACGGAGUGGAAGAAGCAGGUUUCGGAGAUGUCCUCGGCAAGGUCAAUGACAUUCUGGGAACUGGCCGACGCCCACGUCCGAGACCUGGUUAGCGCUGGCGGCGACAUGGCGGUGAUUGCUGGCCGGAUGCUGCGGCUGGUGCAGAGUUUGGGGGUCGACACCGCCAAGCCUUUGGGCACCCUCUCCGACGGCAUGCUGCGGCGUGCGCAGAUCGCCCUAAAGCUGUUGCGGCCGUCGAGGCUGCUGCUGGUGGACGAGGUGACGGCCGACCUGGACGUGCCCUCGCGGGAGGCGGUGUUGUCGUUCCUGAGGGAAGAGUCCGAGGCGGGGUGCGCCGUGGUGUACUGCACCCAUGUCCUGGACGGCCUGAGCGGCUGGGCCACCCACCUGCUGCGCGCCCGCCCAAAGGGGCGCGCCCUGGAGUGCACCCUUCUUGGCGACGGCGCCGGACGCCUGGAGGAUCUUGUCGUCCCCAAGCUGCUGGAGGACGCGGAGCUGGAGCCAGAGGCGGGCGUGGUCCUGCCCCCAGCUCCCAAGGGCGGAGGCGCAGAGCUGCCCCUUGGCUGGGAGCAGCGGGGCGCCACCAUGGCCAGCGCGUACGGCGACUAUGCUUGGAAUGCAGAACGGGGCCCUGAGGACACGUGGUCGUUCGCCUCGGUGUCCCCCAAUCCAGGCGCCCUUCCCAAGCAGCCGGGCCCGGGCCCGGCCGCAGCGGCGGCCGGCCCCCUCGGCUGCGGGCCUGGCCCCGCCGCGCUGCCGUCCGGCUGGGACAGCCGGAGGAACGCGCAGGCGGGCUCGUUCGGCGGCUACUCUUGGGGCGCGGCGCCAGGCGGCGGCCCGGCGGCCGCCUUCGGCGGCCACGGCGGCGCUGGCGGCGGUCAAGGUUUCUGA